AUGAUCACCUCUCUCAUCUCCCCCAUUGGGGCUUCCUAUGUCCUACUGGGUCUGCUCGCUGUCUACUAUAUCGUUCCUUAUCUGCAGCUAUGGAGACUGAGCGAUAUUCCUUCCCCCGGUUUGGCCGGCUUCACAAAUUUCUGGUUGUUGCUUCAAGCUCGCAAAGGCUCUCGUUUUAUCGCUGUGAAUGAUGCCCAUAAGAAGUAUGGCAAGCUCGUCCGCGUUGCUCCCCGCCAUGUUUCCAUUGCCGACGAUGCGGCUAUCCAGGCUGUCUAUGGUCACGGAAACGGUUUCCUGAAGGCUGAUUUCUACGAUGCCUUCGUUUCAAUUCGCCGCGGGUUGUUCAACACUCGCGACCGCGCUGAACACACCCGCAAGCGCAAGACCAUCUCGCACACCUUCUCAAUGAAGUCAAUCGGUCAGUUUGAGCAGUACAUCCAUGGCAACAUUGAGAACUUUGUUAAGCAGUGGGGCCGCGUUGCGGAUGCUGAGCGCAACCCCAAGAAUGGCUAUGCUACCAUAAAUGCGCUCAAUUGGUUCAACUAUGUGGCCUUUGACAUUAUCGGUGAUCUAGCCUUUGGUGCUCCCUUUGGUAUGCUUGACAAGGGCCGGGAUAUCGCUGAGAUGCGCAAAAGCCCCGACUCUCCUCCUUCCUACGUUCAGGCUGUCGAGGUUCUUAACCGUCGUGGCGAAGUCUCCGCUACUCUUGGUUGCUACCCUGCUCUGAAGCCUUUUGCCAAGUACAUUCCUGAUCGCUUCUUCCGCGAUGGUAUGGAGGCCGUUGAGAACUUGGCUGGGAUCGCUGUCGCACGUGUCAACGAGCGUCUCCGGCCAGAGGUCAUGGCCAAAAAUACCCGUGUGGAUCUUCUCGCUCAUCUGAUGGAAGGCAAGGACCAGAAUGGCAACAAGCUCGGCCGUGAGGAACUUACCGCUGAGGCGCUGACCCAAUUGAUUGCCGGCUCCGACACCACCUCCAACACCAGCUGUGCUAUCCUUUACUGGUCUAUGUGUACUCCCGGUGUUAUUGAGAAACUUCAAAAGGCCCUUGACGCCGCUGUCCCUAAGGACAUCGAAGUGCCCACCCACGCUAUGGUCAAGGAAAUCCCCUACCUCCAGUGGGUCAUCUGGGAAACUAUGCGUAUCCACAGUACCUCCGCCAUGGGUCUUCCUCGCGAAAUCCCCCCUGGCAACCCCCCCGUCGAAAUCUGCGGCCACAUCUUCAAACCUGGCGAUGUCCUCUCCGUUCCCAGCUACACAAUCCAUCACUCUACUGAGAUUUGGGGCCCCGACGCUGACCAAUUUGUUCCCGAGCGCUGGGACCCCGCCCAUCUUACUCCUCGUCAAAAGGCAGCCUUUAUCCCCUUCUCCACUGGCCCCCGCGCUUGCGUGGGACGCAACGUUGCUGAAAUGGAACUCCUAGUUAUCUGUGCCACUGUGUUCCGUCUCUUCGAGUUCCAGAUGCAGCAGGAUGGACCCAUGAAGACCCGGGAGGGAUUCUUGCGCAAGCCUUUAGGCUUGAUGGUUGGCAUUAAGAGGAGGACUAUUACCUAG